CCGGCGGACCCGGACGGUGCAAAGAGGACGCGCGCGGCCUCUUGGUGCGCAAGGAGGCUGCUGUGGCGGCGACGGUGGUGCAAGUCCGCCCGUGGACAGCAAGGGCAACAUGGAAGUGAAGGAUGGAAAUGCAGCCCUUCUCAGCAAUUAUGAGGUCUACAAAUUGUUGACUGAUCUGAAGCAGCAGUGCAAAGAGCCUGGGAAGAGCAAGCAGAGUGUUGGCCAGCAGAAUCUGAACACAAUCACGUAUGAAACACUGAAAUACAUAUCAAAGACACCAUGUAAGUUCCAGAGUCCUGAGAUUGUAAGAGAUUUCCUCAUAGCACUGAAAAAUCAAAAGCUAACAAAGGCAGAAAAAUUGCAACUACUCAACCACAGGCCUGCAACUGCUGUUGAAAUCCAGCUGAUUGUGGAAGAAAGUGAAGAGAGGCUUACAGAAGAGCAAAUUCAAUCCCUUCUGCAGACAGUCACCAGCAUGCUUCCUGGAGACCCAGAAAAAGAGCAAGAGCAGCAAUCCAUGGUUGUGGAAGAGGAGGGGAGCCAGACAUAGGAGAAGUAUAAAUGACUUGAACUGCAGGAGACCGCCUUCCCCAUUUUAGCAUCAGGAAGGGUUGGCCAAACUCUUCAUUUGCUAUGAGAAUCUGCAGAUUUCCCAGUUUCCAUGAUGACUAAGCAGUGUUGUCACUAUAUGUUUUUCCGUUGUUUGUACACCACAGGAGAAUUAUUAUUUACAGCAUAAACUUUUAAAGGGAAAAAAAAUAACUCUUGUCUUUAUGUUUUAUCUAUUGUAAAUGCAACGUGAAUUGAGGUUUAUGCCAGGGCAAAUGCUACUAUUGACUUCACAAUUUUCAUGCUUCUCUACUGCAAUAUGAAUCUGAGUUCAUCCCAAGGCGGAUGCUACAACUGGCGUCACAAUUUUCAUGCUUAUCUACCUGGAAAGUUUUACACAUCAAUAGCACAGAUGUUGGCAUUACGGACUUGUUCAUUUAUUAGAAAAGUGCAUUCCAAUUUUCCUGUUUUUACUAAAAGGUAUCACAUAUAAAACAGCAGAUCAUUAAUAUGUUAACAAUAUCCUAUUGAUUAUAGUGGUAUGUCAUAAUAGUCACAAAAUGGGCCAGUCACAUAACUGAUCUGAUUUUGCAACCUUUUUGCAGCAGUUGUUAAGCAAAGCAACAAUAUUCAUUAAGCAAAUAUAUGAUAAUUAAGUUAAUCCAUGGUCAUUAAACAAACCAAUGGUUCACUAUGGGCGUGCAAAAACCAGAAGUGCCAAUUUUUGGCAAAACUUAUAAAAUCGGUCAUGUGACCACAGGAUGUUGCAAAUGGCUAUGAAUAUGGCCAUACUGCCAAAGUUGUCAUGUGAUCACAGGGGUGGGGUGAGGCUCAACCAUUGGAACUUUGAAUUUGGGUUGUUAAGUCCCCUUUUCAGGUUGGUCAUAAUUUUGAAUGGUUGCUAUGCAACCUGUCAUAAGUCAAGGACUGCCUUUCUGUUUUUCUUUCCUUUGUUCCUCACCUGUGGCCUUCACUCUUCAUUGGGUCGACUCACACUUAGUUCUUGGCCAUAACAUGUCCACUAUCCUUUUGGCAGAUGUAAACCAUGGUCUGGGAUCAGUUUGUUGGGCAAAGACAUCCGAAUGCUAAGUCAUAUUGUUUAGUCAGUGCCCCUCUAUCUUCCUCCCUCACUUUCAUUGUUCUACCUCUAAACAUCUGUCUAGUAGUCUUGUAUCUUCCCAAUAUUUGGGAGUCUGAAAGAAUCCAGUAAUCAAACACUUUCUGACUGUCCUGGGCACCUUCCUCCAUAGAUUUUCCAAAUGGUUGGAACGCUGACAUCUGGAUUCCUUGCUUGCUUGGACAUAUCAAUAAGUCUAAAGAACAAGAGACCUGCUUUACACUGCACUACUUUAUAUUUCAAAGCCUUUGUUGUCAAUGUACAUCAUAUAUACAAUGAAAUUGGUUUAGCCUCUACUGGUGCAGUCCAUACAAGAAUACAAGACAACAUGAAUAAUAUAAAGAAUAAUCCUUAUAUAAGUAGAUAGGAAAAAAACUAGUCAUAUGUUUCCAUAUGUAUGUUAUAUUCUGUGCAACAUGAAUAUUACUCUGGUAUAUGGUGUAUAAUUUAUAAAUAAAAUGGCAGUGUCUGGCCAACCUUUCCAAAGCAGUGCAGACCAUCUACUUAAAUCCUCUGCAUUACCGGUAGAAUACCAUUAAUUUAUUGGAACGUGUGUGUUUUAGGCUUGUGAAAAGUAUACAAAGAAAGAAACACAUAGGAGAAAUAAGCAGAAGUGGGUUUUAGUUUGAGAUAUGUAUUCUUUUUUUAUGCAGGCAAUACUUUCAGGUGCUGAAAACUGGGUGGUGAAUGAUUACAGCUGCAGGCAAGCAAGUUUCUAAAAUAACUAAUAAUCCUUGUUCAAAGCUCCUAUUUGCUCUUUGGCAAAUAUCCCAGAAGAUGAAGAGAUUUGUUCAUAAGGAGUUCCAUUCUUGCUUCCUGUUCUGUUAGCUUAGAAAUGUGCAUAUGGAGAAGAGUGUCCGGAAAUCACCAGUUCAGGGCUUCAAAUCCACAGAGACUUCAGGGUUUGUUAAUUUAAAUUGGGCAGAUUCAAACAACACACGCACAAUGACUUGAUUGAUAAAUCUUGCUAAGUAUUAGUGGGAGAGUACAUGAAACCCUUGAGUCCACCUCUGACCACAAUAGCCAGAAAUAAGUGGUGUGGUUGACCAUUUAAGUCAAGACAAAGGAAAACAUUGUAAAUCCUGAUUUAUUGGUGGGGGGGGAGGUUGUUUAAAAAGUCAAAAGAGACAGC